AUUUUCUCUAAUCAUUCAAUGAAGGCUCUCCUUUAUUUUGACUUGACCAUCACGAAUCCUAGUAUUCCUCUGCCACAUAUGUGGAAAGGAGGAUGAAAGUCAAGCUCUUACGCUUUCAAACAGAGUGGCAUGGUGUUGCUUCAUGGACUUGGGAUGCCCAGGAUGAAACAUGUGGCAUCUGUAGGAUGGCAUUUGAUGGUUGUUGUCCUGAUUGUAAGCUUCCUGGGGAUGAUUGCCCACUAAUUUGGGGUGCAUGCAACCAUGCGUUCCAUCUUCAUUGCAUCUUGAAAUGGGUGAAUUCACAGACCUCGCAAGCACAUUGCCCAAUGUGCCGUAGGGAAUGGCAGUUCAAAGAAUGAGAGAAAAAUAAAUGAAUUCCAAGUUAAAUGAAUGAAUACCAGAUCUUCUCCCUCUCUCUCCCUCUGUGUGUGUCUGUUUGCGUGCUUGCUACUCUUCAAGGACCUCUCAAGAACAUUGCCCCAUCUAGUGUUGAAGCUCCUCUUGUGCAGCCUCCAAUACUACAGGCAAUUUAAUUAAGGGAUGCCACUUGUAGCAACCUGUUAAAAUGGUGAACUUGGCUUAUAUAAUUUUGUGGCUAAACCUACAUUACUACUAGAAGUUUGUGUUAAUGUGGAUUAUAUAUUUGUUUAAUGCAGAUCUGUCAAUCAAAUCAAUUUCUUGUACUAGGAGCUGUUGUGGUUUGCUUAGUAACAGCCCAAUUAUCUAGAAGUAAAAACUAUUUUGCUUGAUUUUA